UUAUGUAGAGUGAGUAGUGAGCAGUCUGUUUUUCGUAUCUAUAUUAAGUUUUACUACAAGUUGUAAGUUUUGGUUUUCAAAAACAAGAAUAAAACAUGAAUAACAGUUCAACAUGGCAUAGAUCUGGCGCAAGUAUCAUUAGGUCAUCUCGUGUGAAAAAAAUGGUUGAAGCAGCUUUAUCACGACAAGAAAAUGUUCCUGGCCCAGAACAAAGUGAAAGAGUAACUGACUUCACAGUAUUGCAGAAUGUUCUGUCAGAGCGAAACGAGGACUUUCAGAAUCCAGAACAAAGUGAGACAGUAACUAACUUCACAGUAUUGCAGAAUGUUCUGCCAGAACGAAACCAGGAUUUUCAGAACCCAGAACAAAGUGAGACAGUAACUAACUUCACAGUAUUGCAGAAUGUUCUACCAGAACGAAACGAGGACUUUCAGAAUCCAGAACAAAUUGAGACAGUAACUAACUUCACAGUAUUGCAGAAUGUUCUGCCAGAACGAAACCAGGAUUUUCAGAAUCCAGAACAAAGUGAGACAGUAACUAACUUCACAGUAUUGCAGAAUGUUCUACCAGAACGAAACGAGGACUUUCAGAGCCCAGAACAAUGUGAAACAGUAACUGACUUCACAGUAUUGCAGAAUGUUUUGUCAGAGCGAAACGAGGACUUUCAGAACCCAGAACAACGCGAAACAGUGACUGACUUUACAGAAGGUUCAAAAGGAGCAGAUUCAGACUAA